AAGAAAAUUUUAUUUUCUAAAGUAGAAAUUUAACCCCUCUUUUCUUAAGAACACAAAUUCAGUUUCUUUCUUUGAACAAUAUGAUCAUGAUUUCUAUAAUAAAAGCAUGAAAUAUUUGGAUGUUUUUGAUUCUUAUCAGGUAAACCGAUAACCGAAUCGAGUACGAUCAAUAACCGAUUAACCGAUACCUGAUAAUCGAUAUCUUAUCGGUUCGGUUAUCGGUUUAGCAUAUUUGUAAACCGAUAACCGAUAUGCCUACCCGAUAACAUUCACAAUCGAACCGACCGAUACCCACCCCUAACGUGGAGGCAGCAGUAGCAUGCACUUCUCUUUCUUAUUAUUGCUAUACAUAGUACGUAACCUCAAAAACAAGAAUCAUCAAAAAAUGGAAAAAUCACAUGAGAAUGAGCAUCCAGUAAAGGCCUUUGGAUGGGCAGCUAAAGACACUUCUGGUGUUCUUUCUUCUUUCAAUUUUUCAAGAAGAGUCACGGGUGAGAAAGACGUGCAGUUCAAAAUUUUGUAUUGUGGAAUUUGCCAUUCUGAUCUUCAUCAGCUCAAGAAUGAAUGGGGCACCAGCAAGUAUCCCGUUAUACCUGGGCAUGAGAUUGUCGGUGUGGUAACCGAAGUUGGUAGCAAAGUGGAAAAGUUUAAAGUCGGAGACAAAGUAGGGGUUGGAUACUUUGUAGGAUCAUGUCGCGAAUGUGAAAACUGUACCAACAAUCUCGAAAAUUACUGUCAUGAUCAAAUAAUGACAUCCAAUGGUACUUACUCUGAUGGAACUAUAACGUAUGGAGGUUACUCCGAUAUCAUGGUUUCUGAUGAACAUUAUGUAGUUCAUUGGCCAGAGAAUUUUCCAAUAGAAGCCGCUCCUUUACUAUGUGCUGGAAUUACAACAUACAGCUCGUUGAAAUACUAUGGACUUGAUAAGCCCGGAAUGCGCAUUGGUGUUGUUGGUCUUGGUGGUCUCGGCCAUAUGGCUGUGAAAUUCGCAAAGGCAUUUGGAACUAAAGUGAGUGUGAUUAGUACAUCUGCUAAUAAAAAACAAGAAGCAAUUGAGCGUUUGGGUGCAGACUCAUUUUUGGUUAGUCGUGACCCUGACCAAAUGCAGGCCGCAGUGGGCUCACUUGACGGUAUCAUUGAUACUGUCUCUGCAGUUCACCCUCUUUUGCCAUUGAUUAAUUUGUUGAAAACUAAUGGGAAGCUUGUGAUGGUUGACCCGCGAUUUCUAUCUAUUCUCAUUCUGAUUAAACUGCAAACAAUGAUACACAAUUGAAUAAUGUGAAAAACAGGUAGGAAGCUAGUAGGAGGGAGUGUUGUAGGAGGGAUGAAGGAAAUACAAGAGAUGGUAAAUUUCGCGGCAGAGCAAAACAUUACACCAAAUGUUGAAGUCGUGCCAAUGGACUACGUGAAUACAGCUUUAGAGCGUCUUGUGAAAUCGGACGUGAAGUAUCGUUUUGUGCUUGACAUUGGCAAUACAUUGAAAUAGAGUUAAGAAUAUGGGACUUCUUGUUCUCGCGUGUAUGUGUAUUUUAGGUAUGAAAAUGAUGAGUUCGAAUGCA